UUGCUGCGCGACGGACUUGUUGUAGACAUGAGAGAGAAAAAUCUGCAGUGAUCCGGCUCAGCGCAUCGCUCGUUCCUUUUCAAUUGAAAUAGAUUCUUCCUGUCGAAUUCACGUACAUCUUUGACUGUACCCCACAGUUUCUGUAAAGUAUUUGCGUUUUUCUUUGAACCGGAAGACCUAAAAAAAAUCAAAGUUCGCAAGGAGGUGACAUCUGGCUGCUCCACACCUGACUUCAUUGAAUGAGGUUUAACACCAAUUAGCAUUUGUUUUGGUUCGAUACCCAUACAAAAUUAAACACGCCCUACAUUCAGUCGGAAGCAUCUGGACACACAUUCAUAUAAAUCUGCAAGCUAACGGUGACGAGCUGGCGCAGGUUGUGGGUUGUCCGUGGAUAAUGCGAGACAGUGGCGGUAGCCUGGCCCAGAACCGCUGGCAGGGAGACCUGGGUCUGACUGCUGUGGGGCAGGACGACACAGGAGGGGGUGGGAUUCCUGGAGACCACCUCAUAGUCCCUGUGUCGGGCCACAGUGUACCCAGCCCCAUGCACCUCAGACUGGGGCAGAAAGAGAAGGUGUGGACUGGCGAGUAUGUAGAGGAGGAGGAGGAGGAAGAGGAUGAGGAUGGGAUGGUUAGGAUCAAGGCACUAGGUGAUGAGGAAGAAAACAAUCUGGAUGGGGAGGACGAGAUAGAGUUUGAGGGCAAGGCUUGGGAUAACAACGAGGAGGAGGAGGAAGAAGAAGAAGAAGAAGAAGAGGAGGAGGAGGAGGAGGAGGAGGAGGAGGAAGAAGAGGAUGAGGAGGAGGAGGAGGAGGCAGAAGAUGAAGGAGACCAGGCAGAGUUGGAGUGGGAGAUCCCAGACUUUCCCUCCCAGUCCACCCAGCUCCCUCAUUCACAACAACACCAACAUCAUGGACCACAACAGAAGGCAGAAGAAGGCGGUGAUGUCACUGUAGAGGAUUCUGUCUCCCAGGCUGAAGCGGGGGACUUGUUCAGGUCCCACCUCAGCAGGUACAGUGCUCUGAAGAGGCUCAAGCUCAGGCGCUGGCAGCGUAUGCGAUCCCAUCAAGGCCUUGGAUUUCGGCUCACCAAGCACUGGAAGAGCUGGCGCCAGCGGGCACAGUGGGUAUGCUCCCAAGGAUACCGGUACAGCCGGAGAGGGCAAAGGCACAAUCUGUACGGCAAGCAGAGGAGGAUAAAAAAGUAUCAGCAAUCUCCAUACUCCGAUGGAGAGGAUGACAGCAAUGAUGAGAGGUUCACAGACUCUGCGAGAGAUAAACAGAUAAAUGGCUGCUCUCCAGACAAGCAAGAGGACAGAGGGAGGCGGGAAGUGGAAGUCAAACCAGUGGAGCUGGCCCUUACUGAGGAACACAUGAGUUGUGUGACAGGUAUUCUUGAAGAGUCUCUACAGCAGUAUGGCAGUUUGAUCCCCAUCCAUGUGGAUGACAUCGUAGAGAAGCUUCAGGACAUCUUCGGCCAGAGCUUCUCACAGCCACACAGGAAAGCAGUGGUCCAACAUCUAAUACAAUCCUUCCAGCGGUCGUCGGGAUCAGCCCUGGCUAAAACAUUCAGAGUCAAUUACAAACGCCACGUUCUGACCAUGGAUGACCUGGGCACUCUGUAUGGACAGAACUGGCUCAACGACCAGAUUAUGAACAUGUAUGGUGACCUGGUCAUGGACUCUGUGCCACAGAAAGUUCACUUUUUCAACAGCUUCUUUUAUGAUAAGCUAAGGACAAAAGGCUAUGAUGGAGUCAAACGGUGGACGAAAAAUGUUGACAUCUUUCAGAAGGAUCUGUUGUUGAUCCCCAUCCACCUGGAGGUCCACUGGUCACUGGUCAGUGUCGACAUUCCUCGUCGAGCCAUCACUUACUUUGACUCUCAGCGGACUCUCAACAGACGUUGCCCAAAGCACAUUUUUAAGUAUCUGCAAGCGGAGGCUAUCAAAAAAGAACAACAGGACUUUUUGACGGGAUGGAAAGGCUUUUUCAAAAUGAACGUGGGUCGUCAAAACAACGACAGUGACUGCGGGGCUUUUGUGCUACAGUACUGCAAGUGUCUGGCACUAGGGCAGCCAUUCAGCUUCGGCCAACUGGAUAUGCCCCGGCUGAGGAGGCAAAUGUACAAAGAACUCUGUCACUGCAAGCUCACCCUGUGACCCGCCAUCCCCCAGCCCAGCCCGCCAUCUCCACCUGCUCCCACCCUUAACCCUAACAAGAUGGAGGGACAAUGAUACGACAAGACGAGGGCAAGGGGAGCAAACGAUGGACUGGAAAGAGAGAAACUUUUCAAAAACUUUUUCUCUGUCAACUUCCAGAGAAAUUACUUCUUCUAUUGUAGGUGAUGUCAUUGUUUCACUUUUUGUCUCUCUUUGCUUCCCUCUCUCCCACCCUUUGAAAACUCUGAUUUAAUUUCCACGUCAUGGUUAUUCCUUUGUGGUUGACAGAGGCCAAGACUAGCUUCCGUUUUGGGAAUGUGCUAAUCUUCCAUCCCAUCGUAGUCCACCGUUGAUUUCCGGUCUGAAUGGGAGCAUGAAGAAGAUAUCUAAAGAACACAGUCCAGAUUAAUGGUUGGUCCGCAGUUAGUCCAACCUGACUACUACUUUCACUUUAGAUUCAGAGUGCAGAGGGGGGAGGGCAGAAUGAUUUGAACCAGUCUGUGUAAGCUUGUGGUUGUAGUACUAGUGGGUGUACAUGACUUCCAUCCAUCCAGUCCAUACAGUAUGUUGUGUUCCAAGUGUGGAAAUCUCAGCAAAAAACAUCGACACCCAACAUAAGAUACACUUGCUACAGCCAAUGUUAUGUUGGCCAUUCUAUCCAUCUAGUCGGCGCAUAAUGUUUGCCACUGUAGUGCGACGUGACAUUAUAAUAUUUGUUUUAACAAUUUCCUACAAGAUGUUUAGAUUAUUUCAAAGUGACAAUGGAACCUGCUAGUUGAUGCUGCCAUAAUGACGUCAGAAAACACACUUCCAGCGUGUGAAGCCAUUUUAGUGCUUUUUAUUUUUUUUUUGAGAAAUCUUAAUUUACAUCCACGGAACACGCCACAUGUUGACCCCUGCGUCGGAAACUUGCUCUGCCUCCAUCACUCCUCCCCAAAUAUUACAUCUUCGUGUGGGAGACUGGAUCUGCAUCAUCACCCAAACAAGCCACAAUGACAUAUUGGCCCAAAGAAGGGGUAUCUUUACAUUGCAUUUAUCUUUUUCUGUGUUUUAUCUCGUCAGUAAAUGUGUUGAUAUGCUUAUUGCUUUAAACAAAUGGUGUUAAAAGGAGGACUACUAAUAAUGUGUUAUUUUCGGAGUAAGUACAAAAGAGAUCCUCCGGUUAGUAUUUCUUUGAAAGUUUAAGAGCCAUUUUGGUAAGGACCACGACAGCUACACAACAGAUCCAGUAUGUUCACAAUGGAGUUACAGCACCCUCCUCUUCUUUUUUAUAACGAAAGACAAAUUUGUUGAUAGCGGUGUUUGUUUGUUUUUUUCUUUUCUUUUUUCCAAACAGGAGUUGAUGCAACAGAGUUGACCGUUUUAUAUAUCUUCUACAAUGCAUUAUGGUUGCUAAAAAUAAAAAUAUGCGGCAAACAAGGGAUUGUGCAUUUUAUUAAUGCUA